AGAGGGAGAGAGAGGGAGGGAAUCGGGGAGGUCGAAGCGUUGAGAAUGUACUGUAGCUCUGGCUGAGAAGGGCGAAGGUCUGUUCGGUAGUUCCCCCUCGCUUCCCCCUGAACCGACCCUCCUCUUGCACACCGACGGACCCGCAUCCGAAGCUGCGUGGAGAGCGCCCGCGCGCGGGGGAGGGGGGGGGGGGUGUGCGUGUGGGAGAAAACUGGAGCUCCACUGCGGCGUUAUGUCCAAACGGAAAACAGGGGGUCUAUAGAGGCACCUGAUGGUCUAUAGAGCCGACCCGCACUCACUGUUUCUACAAAGAAGGACGGCUCAUCCGCAGACACACCUCUGAUGCCUCCGGUCGGUCUGAGCUCAUGGUGUGUGCUCGCUGGGAUAAACUAGUGGCUAGUGCAGCGUUGCUACACACAAAAAAGCCCACACAGGAUGUCGUGGGCCAGGGGCCUCUUUGUGGGCACGGUGGAUGAACGAAAGACGGCGUGGGGAGAGCGCAACGGCAAGAAGAGAAGGAACAGCUCGUCGUUGUGCAACCCCCACUACAUGAGCUGCCUGAGGGACCCGGAGGACCUGGAGCUCCCUAAUGCGUCCCCCCAGCACUACCGUUGCGGAGCGGGCACUAGUGGGGGGAACUUCGGCCUGCGCUGUGCCUGGCAGGAGGACCACUAUGGGAAAAGGAUGGGUGGCGGGGCCCUGGGUCCAAAGGCUGUGGACGUGGGCUUCGAGGACGUGGAGCUGAAGGGCACGAAGGAGGAGGAAGUAGGGGAACUGGCGGAGGGCGGCUGCAAGGCCAUGUCCGCAGCGGACUGCUGGAUGCGGGUUAUGUGGGUUUUCCAGUCCAAGAAAUUUCAGUCGGGCAAGCUGGAGCGCCUGUACCAGCGCUACUUCUUCCGGCUCAACCAGAGCUCGCUGACCAUGCUGAUGGGGGUGCUGGUGCUGGUGUGCGCGGUCAUGCUCGCCUUCCACUGCAUCCACAGGCCCCCCGACGUGGCCUACGUCUCCGUACUCUCUGUGGCCAUGGCUCUCUUCCUGGCCAUGAUGGUGGUGUGUAACCGCAACGGCUUCCACCAGGACUACAUGUGGAUUGUCAGCUACCUGGUGAUUGGGGUGCUAAUGGUAGUGCAGGUUUUCGGGGUGCUGAUGGUGUACCCCCGCAGUGCCACAGAAGGCAUCUGGUGGACGGUCUUCUUCGUCUACAUUAUCUACACGCUGCUGCCGGUCCGGAUGAGAGCGGCUGUGGUUAGUGGAGCUGUGCUGUCCACCAUACACCUGGUGACCGCCUGGCAGCUCAACCAAGAGUACAAGUUCAUUUUCAAACAGAUCAGUGCCAAUGUGGUGAUCUUCAUGUGCACGAACAUGAUCGGGAUCUGUACCCACUACCCUGCUGAGGUGUCCCAGAGACAGGCCUUCCAGGAGACGAGAGGAUAUAUCCAGGCCAGACUGCACCUGCAGAGGGAAAACCAACAGCAGGAGCGCCUACUGCUGUCAGUUCUGCCAAGGCACGUUGCCAUGGAGAUGAAGGCUGAUAUCAAUGCCAAGAAGGAAGAUAUGAUGUUCCACAAGAUCUACAUCCAGAAACACGACAAUGUUAGCAUACUGUUUGCCGACAUCGAGGGCUUCACCAGCCUGGCGUCUCAGUGCACGGCCCAGGAGCUGGUCAUGACGCUCAACGAGCUGUUCGCCCGCUUUGACAAACUGGCUUCGGAGAACCACUGUCUGCGUAUUAAAAUCCUAGGGGACUGUUACUACUGUGUGUCAGGGCUGCCUGAGCCCCGUGCCGACCAUGCCCACUGCUGUGUGGAGAUGGGAGUAGACAUGAUUGAGGCCAUCUCCCUGGUGAGAGAGGUGACGGGUGUUAAUGUGAACAUGCGGGUGGGCAUCCACAGCGGGCGCGUUCACUGUGGGGUGCUGGGCCUACGCAAGUGGCAGUUUGACGUCUGGUCCAAUGACGUGACGCUUGCCAACCAAAUGGAGGCCGGGGGGAAGGCAGGGCGGAUCCACAUCACAAAAGCCACACUACAGUAUCUGAACGGGGACUAUGAGGUGGAGCCAGGAUCUGGAGGAGAGAGGAAUGCUUAUGUGAAGGAGAACAACAUUGAAACCUUCUUGGUUAUGGGCUGCAGCCAGAAGAGGAAAGACGAGAAAGCCUUGAUGGCCAAGAUGCAGCGGGCACGUGCAAAUUCUACAGAGGGAUUGAUGCCGCGCUGGGUGCCUGACAGAUCCUCCAGAACUAAGGAGUCCAAAGUCUUCAGGCAGAUGGGCAUCGAUGAAGCAUCCAGCAAAGACAACCGCUGCGCUCAGGAAGCGCUGAACCCCGAGGACGAGGUGGAUGAGUUUCUUGCUCGGGCCAUAGACGCGCGCAGCAUUGACCAGCUGAGGAAGGAUCAUGUCAAGAAGUUCCUCCUCACCUUUCAGACCCCUGACCUCGAGAAAAAGUACUCCAAAAAGGUUGAUGAUCGUUUUGGGGGAUAUGUGGCCUGCACUCUCCUUGUUUUCUGUUGCAUUUGUUUCAUUCAGCUGAUUAUUUUCCCAAAAACAACACUCAUGCUCGGUCUUUACAUCAGCAUCUUCAUUGUCCUCGUCAACAUCCUCUUCAUCUGUGCCAUCUACUCCUGCAUCAAACUCUUCCCAGCUGCCUUGCAGACUAUAACCAAGAAAAUAGUCCAGUCUCGUGCAAACAGCACACUGGUGGGCGUCUUCACCAUCCUCCUCCUCUUCAUUUCCUCCUUUGCUAACAUGUUUACCUGCAGCAGAGUGAAUCUCAAAGACUGUGUGGCCAACGAGCUGAACACAUCGGAAACGUUCUGCCUGCUGCACAACCUGUCCAGGACAGCGGAGGAUGCUCUGAUUGUGUGUUCGAGCCAGGCCAUGCCCUGCCAUUUCCCCGAGUAUUUCAGCUACAGUGUACUGCUGACCCUGCUGGCCUGCUCCGUGUUCCUCCACAUCAGCAGCAUAGGGAAGCUGGCUCUGAUGCUCUUCAUCCAAUUCACUUUCCUCCUGCUGGUCGAGUGGCCUCAGGUGGCCUUGUUUGACAACGCAGACCUGCUGGUCAUCGCCAACACCCUGCAAUUAUCACCUGUUAAUGAUUCCCUACAGCAGUCUGGUUUCAAUGAAACUGCAGAACAGUGCCUAGAGAGCGUGACCAAGGUAUCCUUAAAGGUCAUGACCCCUGUUAUCUUGACGGUGUUUGUUCUGGCUCUCUACUUGCACGGCCAGCAGGUGGAGUCCACCGCACGCCUGGACUUCCUCUGGAAGCUACAGGCCACGGAGGAGAAGGAGGAGAUGGAGGAGCUGCAGGCAUACAACCGGCGCCUGCUCCACAACAUCCUGCCCAAGGACGUAGCCGCCCACUUUCUGGCGCGGGAACGGCGGAAUGACGAGCUGUACUACCAGUCAUGUGAAUGCGUCGCUGUCAUGUUUGCCUCCAUCAGCAACUUUUCGGAGUUUUACGUGGAGCUGGAGGCGAACAACGAGGGAGUGGAGUGUCUCAGGCUCCUCAAUGAGAUCAUCGCCGAUUUUGACGAGAUCAUCAGUGAGGAGAAGUUUCGUCAGCUCGAGAAAAUCAAGACCAUCGGCUCGACCUACAUGGCGGCCUCUGGCCUCAACGACUCCACCUACGACAGAAAAGGCCGUUCACACAUCCUGGCUCUGGCCGACUACGCCAUGAGACUCAGAGAGCAGAUGAAAUACAUCAACGAGCACUCCUUCAACAACUUCCAGAUGAAGAUAGGGUUGAACAUGGGCCCGGUGGUAGCAGGUGUGAUUGGAGCCAGGAAACCCCAGUAUGAUAUCUGGGGGAACACAGUCAACGUGGCCAGCCGGAUGGACAGCACAGGAGUACCAGACUGCAUCCAGGUGACCACAGAUUUAUACCACGUGCUGGUCGACAACGGGUACCAGCUGGACUGUCGAGGUGUUGUCAAGGUGAAGGGGAAGGGGGAGAUGACCACUUACUUCCUCACCAGCGGCCCUGCGGGCAGUUAACGUCGGGCAAGCCGAACUGCAGUGCGACUCCCACUGCACUGACAAGCCGGAGACUGCAGAGAGACUGAGUGGUCAGCUCGAGCUGAGGAGCACCGAAGCACGCCGCGAACACGCCGGGGACAGAAGAAGAGACAACAAGAGACGAGCCCGGCACGUCGGUGUUUUGUCAAGUACUCUGACGCGCACACGUUGUUCAUGUACGAAGGCUUUUUCCCAAGCUGAGAUCACAAAGCCCAGUUGCCUUAGGACGGAAGCGACUUUGCUUGUGUAUAUGAGCAAUAAUACAAGUAUUUCAUCUGUAGUCGAUAUUUAUUUUCGUGCGGAUGGAUUUAUGUUAUGACCUUGUAAAAAAGUAUAUAUAUAUAUAUAUAUACAAAAAACUUGACUUAAAAAGAUAUUAUGCAAGGACAACACCGAUGAUGAAAAUGACCAAAGAACAAAUGUUAGUUAUGAAACACACACUUAUGAUUCUAUUCAAAAGUACAGUAAACCUAAGUAAUUAUUCAUCUUUUGGCAUUGAAGGCCACAGUAAUGUCACUGUCACCGAUAGGGACGAACACUUUCUUUUAAUGUUGUAGACUUAUUCAUGAAGGAGAUCAGACGCACACCUUCGCAGGUAGAAAACACUCACAAUAACCUUGGCUUGGACUUCUGUGUUUCUUAUCAGGGUCUUCUUUGUUUCUUUUUUUAGCCUGUGGUUAGCCAGAGUCUGCACUCAAGGCUGUUUGUGCUCCCUGCAAUGUGCUUUUGGUCAAAGCCAAAAACAAGAAGUAUGAAAUGAAGGAAGAACAGUUGCAUUAGUAUCCCGGUACUGAAGAGAGAUUCAUUCAACAAAUGUUUUGUAUAAGUGUGGGUGAGUACCGUGUGUCUGCGUGUGUGUGUGUGUGUGUGUGUGUGUGUUGGGUGAGGGGGGGUGAGCACACAUAGCUAAAUGCUGAUCUUUACCUAGGAGCAUACUGUAACUUUUCACUGUGAGGUUUUUAUGAUACUGUAUGACGAUGCUUUCUUGCCAAACCGGUUGCUGCAAGGCAUGUUUUAUAUUAUUCCUCAGAGUUGUGUCCUCAGAGUCCUAUUCCUGAUUUCUCGUGUCAAAACGCUAAUUUGAAGAGAAUCGUGUGCACUGCGCCUUCUACUGGUCUCUGAUUUUGACUGAUUUCACUCCAACUUAAAUAAGCAAAAGCCUAUGAAACGUUUAUUUUGGAUUGUGUUACAACGUGUCAACAUAAAGUGGUUUCCUGAUGGCUACAGGAUAAACUAUUUUCAGGAAUUAUUUGUCUGCUCAAGUAUUGCAUUGAGAUUAUAUAGUUACAAGAUCUGCGUACUUCAUGGACCAAUAUUCACAACUUUACACAACAGUAUUUGACCCCAUCUGGUUAUAAUGGCACAUGGAGGCUUGUAACCCCCUAAAAUUAGUGUUUUGAAACCAUAAUCAUUUGAAUGUAUGUAAUGAUUACCAUCUUUGUCCACAAUAAACUACUUCUGAAGGAAAACACUAUACAUCGCAUUUACAUUGUACUGGAGGCCAAAUUGUUAGGACACCUGUUGAAAAGUGAAGGUAUUUUACAUUUAGACGAGCAUUUAGACACAUUUAGACACCUUGUGUUGGUAUCUCACAUUUCUGUCCAAGCCCAAAAGAACACUGCCUUCAAAGGCUACAAAAAAAACCUUGCUUUCCUUAAAUUCAAAGGUCAACUAAACACUGUUUAGCGUGUUUUCCUU